UUCUAUGGUUACUCAGCCGGAUAUAACGUAAUAAUAUUAUGGAAUUAGACAAUAGUCUACAACUAGUUUUUUGUGUUGUGCCUGUUAGAAGAAGAAGAUAUCUGGCUUUACGUAUAUUAUAGUUCAGGAUAAACUAACAUUUUGGAGUCCAGACAGAAAACGCAAAAAUUAUACGGAAUGCACAUCAACUCCACUUGGCCUUUGAUCCGUCCUCGUAGCUUCUAGCUGACAAUGCCAGUGUUCUGAGGAUGUUUGGAGUCAACAGGUCGACAGCCAGACAGAUAACCACAACAUUGGCAGCAUGCUUCAUCAUGAUGUCGUGCGGGACGUCCUUCGGCUGGGUGGCUCCGUCCUUCGUCAAGUUGAUGUCAGAGGACAGCGUGAUACCAAUGACGUCAUCGGAGGCUUCUUGGGCCAUCGCUAUAAUAGAGUUCGGCAACCUGUGGUCUCCCGUCCCAGCUGGCAUUCUGGCAGACAAGCUUGGCCGUAAACCAUUAGCGCUUGUGAACGGACCUAUAAGUAUAGCAUCCUGGGUGAUCAUCAUGUAUUUCAAGUCUUUCCUCGCAUUAUGCAUCGGGAGGAUUCUUCAAGGCUUCGUGAUAGGCAUUGUUUUCACCGUAGUGCCCAUGUACUUGGGAGAAAUCGCCUCCCAGAAUAUAAGAGGAGCUGUUAUAACCCUUUCUCAAGCCUGCUUCUGGUUCGGAUUCGUCUACGAGUACGUCAUAGGACCUUUUGUAAGUUUCGACACGCUUAUACUCUUCUCCGUCUGUUUGCCAGCUGCGUUCCUUGUCCUGUUCUCGUUCCAACCGGAAUCUCCUCAUUUCUACCUAAUGCGGGAGGACGAACUCAACGCGAAGAAAAGUCUGAUGUGGCUGAGAGGUGCAAAGAAUGAGGAAGACGUCAAAGAAGAACUGGCUGAGAUCACUGAAAGUGUCCGCGAGGAAAUGAGCCACAAAGUCUCUUUAGCUGACAUCGUCUCUACUCCGACUGACAGAAGAGCACUGUUGAUCGUUCAAGUUGUAAGUGCUGUCAAAAUGUUGAGUGGUGUUGCACCUAUUUUGGCCUACUCGACGGAAAUUUACCGAAGAACAGGGUUCACCCUGAUUCCACCUUACAUGAUGACCAUCAUCACCGGUUUGGUGCUUUUCAUCUCAGCUUUCUUCAGCACCACGUUGACCGACUCAGCUGGAAGAAGACCUUUGCUGAUCAUCUCCUGUGUCGGCUGUGCGCUGAGUCUUUAUGUCGUCAGUGGAUUCUUCUAUGUGUACGAGUUUACAGACAGCGACCUCGGCGACUUCUCGUGGGUCAUUCCAUUUUGUAUCAUCCUUUACAAUCUGUUCAUGGCGUUCGGUCUGGACCCUGUCUCGAUCACCUAUCGAGUUGAGAUGUUCCCCGCUCACACUCGCUCCACCGCUGCCAGUCUCAACACUCUCGUUUUCACAAUCGGCGCCUUUGUAACUCUCAAGUUUUACCAAGUUGUGGCCGACACGUUCGGCGUGUACUGUAUAUUUUUCAUAUUCGCAACUUGUUCGUUCCUUGGUUCGAUAUGGAUGUACUUUUACGCAAUCGAAACUAAAAAUAAAUCUCUUGCCGAGGUUCAAAAAGAACUAACAAAAAUGUUAAACUAAUUUUAGGCAUUAGCUUUAGUUUCAAUUGUUUCAUUGUACACUUACAAUGUUAAUUAAAUUGUACAUUUUUUUGUUUUUGUUAUGUCUUUAAGAUUGUUAAUCUAAUUAAUGCACGGGUGUGACAUACCAAGAACGAGUGUGUUUCGUAUUUUGUAUUUCUAGUCAUUAUGGAAAAACGCCUUUGAUUUAAAUCAAUUUGAAAUGUCAUUGAUAAUUGUAUCUCAAAGAUAAUGUUUUUGUUAUCACCGCCAAAUCUUUUUUACUUCCUUUGAAUAAAAUCUCAUGUUUUCCCA